AUGAGGAGCGCAAGGCAAAUUCGUAUCCGACCUGAAACAAAAUCCGAUGCAUCAUCAAUUGAUGAAGUCACUUCAGCUGCAUUUGCGAAUGCUGAGCACACAGACCACAACGAGCAAUCCAUUGUCCGCGGCCUCCGCGGAGCGAACCAUCUAUCUGUCUCUCUAGUUGCAGAAGACGAAGUUACACAGACAAUUGUGGGCCAUGUCGCUGUCUCGCCUGUCAAUAUCUCGGAUGGUAGUGAGAAUUGGUACGGGCUAGGGCCCAUCUCCGUAUUGCCUGAGUACCAAGGGAACGGCAUAGGGUCGAUCUUAAUAGAACGUGCGAUGGCAGAUAUUCAGACUCGCCAUGCGGCUGGGUGUGUUGUAUUGGGAAGCCCGAAAUACUACACGCGUUUUGGUUUCAAGGCAGAGCCUUCUCUGCAACUACCAGGAGUGGCACCAGAAUAUUUCAUGGCUCUCACAUGGCGUAAGCCAACACCUAUUGGGACUGUAACAUAUCACAAAGCUUUCGAGGCUGAGGAGCCUAGCUAUCCGACCGGUAUGAAAGCCGGCAUUUCGGGAUUGGCUUUUGGCGCGUUCUUCCUCCUCUGCCUGCUGGUCUACUACAUCUUUGAGAACCGGCGCCGCGACGCCCUGUAUGGUCCGCCGGCGCAGCUGACCGAGGAGGAGCAGGCCCAGGGAUUGUCAAACAAGCCCGACCAGGAGAUAGAGAGUUUCCGUUACCUUAUGUAA